UAGUAGAAAAGAAAACAACACUCACGCGCUAUUUAAAGUCAAGCAGUUGAGUUGGAGAGUGAAAGUGCCAAUUACUUACCAGGAGGGAGGAAGACGCUCUAUCCUUGACUUCACCAGGAAUUUGGCGACACAGAUGGCGGAUUCAAACAAGCAGUUGACGUCGUUUUUCAUAGAGGACAUUUUAUCCUUAAAAGAGGAUAAAAAAGAUGACUUCUGCAAUUCUGAGAGCGACAGAACCGACAAAAGAACAGAUAUCUCUGUUUGUCUGGAUUCUGAGGAUAAAACAAUGUCGUCGACAGAGAUGACGGGCGGCGGCGUGAAAAAGAAGCGAUCGCGCGCCGCCUUCACGCACCUGCAGGUGCUGGAGCUCGAGAAGAAGUUCAGCCGUCAGCGGUACCUGAGCGCGCCCGAGCGCGCGCACCUCGCGAGCGCACUGAACCUCACGGAGACUCAGGUGAAAAUCUGGUUCCAGAACAGGAGAUAUAAAACCAAACGGAGGCAGUUAACGACUGAGCACGCCAAGGAAUACUUUCAGAAAUCGGACGCGAGCGCUGUUGCUGCUACAGAGGAGGACUUUUUCAGAGCGUCACUUUUAGCGACAGUCUACAAAUCCUGUCCAUACCGGCCUUACGUGUAUGACUUUCACGGACUGAGAGUAUGGAGACCAGCACUGUGAUCACAGGGAUAUUAACCUGGACUUUGGGAAUUUUCCCAGAUUAUUGUGAAUAUUAUGGUGUUUUUUUUUUUAAAUCUUGUACAGCUUUGCAUUCUGUGUAAUAAAAUAUUUUUU